UGUGUAGAAUUUACUUGAACUGAUAUACAGGUUACUUUAUUGACAACAACUAUCAUUUCCUGUAUUUCAAAUUAUAUAGAAUGUAAAUGCAGUAUGAAAAUUUCAGAACAUUUUAAUUUUGGUAAGAAAGUCGAAAAGUUAUCUUGCAUUAAGCAACGUUGAAAUUUCUGGAACAUUUCAUUCUGUGCCAUAUGGAAAGUCAACUUAAAACCCCAUUUCUCAUUGCAUCAAGGUUGUUCCCCUCAAAAAGGGUAUUGCACCAAGGUUUUGUAGAUUUUAUGUUUAUUUCUCAUGAACUGCUCUAUGAUCGAUUGGCUCAUUGGCAUGCUAGAUCAAUCAAAUCGAUCUCCAGAACUAGAUCAAUUAGAAGACAGGUAUCAAUUUGCCUUAGUAAAAUAAUUUAAAAUUUCUUUUUUAUUUUGGUACAAGGAAUUUAAAGUUUCUAAUAAAAAGAAACAGAACAAGGAAUUAGUAACUCAUAGGUAUAAAAACUGAUUCGGAUUUGAUUACAUAGAAGAUCAUAAAUAACUGAGACAAGUAUUCUCCAGGAUGGGUUGGUUGUCAGAAUAGAGAGAAGAAUCGCUAGAUGAAAUCCAAGGAACUCGUCACAGUAGUUGAGUAGUGGUCGGUUAGAAGUUGCACAGAGAUCGUGCGUUCGGUCCUCCCUUGUGAGCUUGAUCAAUGUUUUGAACUAUUCUUUGUCCACGCUUCUAAAAAUCGAUUUACAUUUAGAAACUGCUUGUUGAACUCUUAUUUGCGGAUCAUGUGCUCAAUUACUUCCUUGCUCGAUGCCAGUGUUCAAUGUGUUCCUCUGUAUGAUUUGAUCGUUCUAUAUUUAUAUUUAUUUGCCACUAUAUGCCACGUGACCAAAUAAAUUUCAGGAUAAAUAAUAUUAUGCCUUUCGUGCAUUUAUAUUUUGAGUCAGAAUGCUUCAUGUGACAACUGAUAUGGGACAUAAAGUUUUCAUAAUUAACUAACUGUAAAAUGAAUAUUAAGUAGUUUAAAUGAUAAACUUAGAAAAUUUUUUAAGCAAAAAAAAAAAAUUUAUUCCCACCCAUAUUUGACACGUUAUAAUUGCGAAAAACCAAAUGAAUUAUUAAAAAAUGAUUCUUAAGAAUCGAAUAUUCUUCGUAUGUCUAUAUAAUUCAUGAACUCCCUCUUGUAUACGUUAAAUUAAUUAAAAUUUUAUAUAAAAAGAUUUGAUAUCAUAGUUCUUCAAGAUAUCUUGCAGAUGAAUCAAACCUGCCAAAUCUCUGGAUCAAAGUUUUUCCUUUUCCAGAAAAAUAAUUAAAGGACCUUGGGCAUAUGAAGCUGGCGCAGUCAAAACCUUGUCAAAGAAGGAGAAGGGCCGGUUUCAAGCAAAAAAAAAAAAAAGGAGAAGGGCCGGUUCUUAAUAAAACUGAAAGGAGAAACGCAGAACCCUAUUGCCGCGUGCGCCUGGCCCGCAGAAAGAAAGAAAUCCAAAGGCUCUCGAAACAAGAGAGAAGCAAGAGAGAGACGGAGAGAUCGAUCCAACUCCUCCUCCUCUCCCCUUCCCUCCCUCCCAGAUGGCAUCCCAACUCCCUCCCUCCCUCCUUCCUGUAAUCGGCCCCGACGGGAUCGCCAGAGAAAAUCCCCUCAUCGCCUACACCGAGAAGCUCAUCGAGGACGAGCAUAUCCAGCUCAAGAGAUAUAUCCAAGAAAAUUAUUCCAAGAUUCAUGAUGUUGAACGUGAAUUGGAGAAUCUUACAUUGGAGUUGAAACUUACAGCAGGGCCAAAGAAAGCAGCACUCGAGCACUUGCGAAAGAAGAUUGAACUACAAAGUGAAAGAAUACAUGUGGCUAAGCUCAAGGAGGACCAAGCGAAGAAGGUGUGGGAAGCUGCAUCUCAAGCUGUUUGGGAUGAGGAGGAAACAAAGAAGAAGAUCUGUGAUGAUCUAAAUCAGCUGGUCCAAGAAAGCACAGCUACUCAACUUACAAGAUUGGAGGAGUUAAAAAGGCGACUUGCAGCUCUUAACCCUAGCAGGAGUUCCUUUGUUGUUUAUGAUGGCAAGUCUGUGCAACAGACUGACAUCAAUGUCACAGCUUCACAACCUGCCCAGCUUCAACUCUCAGAAUCAAGUGGCGACGUGCCUGAAAAUACGCUAACAGGAGGAAACAACAGUGGCCGGUCGGCUUCAGAUGGGCGCAGCCAACGAUCUGUUGAAGUAAGAGAAAAGAAAAGAAUUCCAAAUUUGGGAAGUGGGAAGGGCAGCAUGGUCCUGCCCAAGGGAAGAGGACCUUCAGGCCCUGGCUGGACUGGGGCUGGAUUUGAUGUUGGUAAUGGUACGUGAUGGUAGGGUAAUUUCAGAUUCCCCAUUGCAGCAUCAAACGGGUGUCGGCAGGAUACAACUUGGAAAUUUCUUGAGGCAUCCUUCAUUCUUAUUGUUUUCAGUUAUCACCGUCAUCAUUUUUUUUCUUUUCUCAGCUCAUUUGCUGUUUUCAGUGAAGAUGAUUAGAGAUAUAUUACACAGCAUUCCUGGCAGAUCUUGGACAUUCUUUAACAGCGUAUUGUCCUUCCAUCCUAAUUGAUUCUUCGUGUGUAUAAAGAGAAGGAAAAAAAGGCUUAUCCACGAAA